CCAACCCUGUCCAAGUACCCACUGGGGGAGGAGAGUCUAGAUGGACGUAUAGAAAGGCCAAAUAAAUAAACAAAUGACAAGGGGGGAAGGAGAAAAAAAGGAAAUUCCCUUCCUCUUCCCGAGCACCUUACGCUGCGCAGUGUUGGCGACACCAACGGGAGCGGUGCGCAUUUUCCCGUCGAUCUGAAGAGAGGAUCAUCUGAAGCGGCAUUUCUGAGCUGAACGGAAAGAAUCACCGAGGAGGAAAUUCUCUUAUUUUGAAAGCGUUAUUUCAUGCGGGAAGGAAGACAGCCAACCCUUAUGUCCCCUCAAUACGGGAUAUUUGACCGACCUAUGGAGUGUUGAUUUACAUUCCGUCAUUUUUCAAGCAUAUUUUAUAGGAGCCUCGCUUUCACCUGCGUUUUUCAUUGGCUUAUUUUUUUAUUUUUAAUAAAUUGCUCUGGGGUAAUAAAAUUGCUUUUAUUCUCGGUUGGGUAUUACAUAACCGAGUGGUUAUAGCUGUCCAAGGUGCUGAAGUCAACGGUCGGAGCCUAACGGGACGAGCCGUGGGGAAUUCACAACCUUGCAAGGUCACAGGCCUAUCCGUCCGGGAAGAGGAAAGCACGGGAUUCGCACACUGAACCACCGGGAAGCAGCAGGGUGAUAUUCAUUCAUUUUCUUCAUCGUCCCGUGGUGAAACACGUUCCUGAGGUGGUCGAUUCAACGCAAAGAAAAUGUCGGGGCAAACGCUCACGGAUCGCAUCGCCGCUGCGCAAUACCAGCUAACGGGAUCAGAUAUGGCCCGGGCUGUCUGCAAAGCCACCACUCAUGAAGUGAUGGCGCCCAAGAAAAAGCACCUGGAGUACCUGGUGUCAGCCACCAACACCACCAACGUGAACAUCCCUCAGAUGGCGGACACACUGUUUGAGCGAGCCACCAAUGCUAGCUGGGUGGUCGUCUUCAAGGCCCUCGUCACCAGCCAUCACAUGUGUGUCCACGGCAACGAGAGGUUCAUUCAGUACUUGGCUUCCAGGACCUCCCUGUUCAACCUCAGUAAUUUCAUCGACAAAACUGGCUCUCACGGCUAUGACAUGUCUACAUUCAUCAGACGGUAUGGACGAUACCUGAACGAGAAAGCCUUUGCUUAUCGCCAGAUGGCUUUUGAUUUCACCAGAGUCAAGAAAGGUGCUGAGGGCGUGAUGAGGACCAUGACCACUGAGAAGCUGUUGAAAGGCAUGCCUGUUCUGCAGACUCAGAUUGACACACUCUUGGAGUUCGAUGUUCAUCCCAAGGAGCUGAACAAUGGGAUCAUCAACGGUGCAUUCCUGCUUCUCUUCAAGGACCUGGUCAAACUGUUUGCCUCCUACAAUGACGGAAUCAUCAACUUACUAGAGAAAUACUUCAAGAUGAAGAAGAGUGACUGUAAGGAGGCCUUGGAGAUCUACAAGAGGUUUCUGACCAGGGUGACAAAGAUUGGGGAAUUCAUGAAGAUGGCCGAGACGGUGGGAGUUGAGAAAAAUGACAUUCCUGACAUCAACUACGCUCCCAGCAGUAUCCUGGAGAGUCUGGAAACACACAUGAAUGGCCUGGAGGAUGUGAAGGGUGGAAAGAAGGGGUCUCCAACAAAGGGGUCUCCGACAAACAAUGUGUCUCCAACAUCAACUCCAGCCAAAUCUUCAAACGCUGUUCCCACACUGCAGCCUCCUCCUGGGGAGGUUGCCGCUGCUGCUGCUGCUCCUGCUGAGCCAGCUGAAGACUCCUUGUUGGACCUGGAUCCACUGUCCUCCUCCGGUCCCACAGGAGCAACAUCAGCUGCACCCACGUCUUGGGGAGAUCUUCUUGGAUCAGAAAUGGGCGAUUCCUUGCUAUCUGAACCCACCCUCACGGCAGAGCCCGCCCCCUCCACUACAGCAGCAACGCCCACUCCUGCAGCCGCAGAAUCCGGAGUCUCUCUAGCUCCUCCCACUAGCACAGCAGCAGCCACCUCCCCUGGCGCCGCCAAUAUGGAUCUUUUGGGAGAUGCCUUUGCUACACCUGCUCCUGCCACUGAGGCCCCUGCAGCGGCUGCUGAAGGUGGCGCCGCCGCCACGUCCGCCCCCGCCGCCAACGCUGGAGCUGAUCUCUUUGAUUCCAUGCCAGACACGAGCUUCACCAAAGCAGAGCCCGCUCCCAGUGUUGACUUGUUUACAGCAGAAUCCACAGGAGGAGAAGCCACAGCCACUGCUGCUCCUGCUGCCCCCGGUGCUGAGCUCAUGUCAGUAUUUGAUGGACUAGGCGAUGUAAUGAAGCCCACUUUGACCCCUCAAGGGGGGGAUGUUGACACCUCCAUGGCUAACAUGGCAAGUAAUCUCUCAAUGGGAACCCAAGCGGCAGCUCAGGUAGCUCCCCCCUGUUGGGGUGCCCCCAUGACCGUACCAAUGGGUGUUCCUCCUUUUAUGGGAACUCACCCCUGCUACAAUAUGCCCGGGGCACCAGGAGGACCCAUGAUGCCCAUGGCUAGGCCAGGCCCCGGAGCACCGAUGUCUCCCGGAGCGGCCCAGAGCCCAAGAAAGCCUGCACCCCCGAGGAACGCUCUUGAUGACCUCAACAUUAAGGACUUCAUGUAGACCGACCGACCUGUAAAACUUCAAGGUUUGUCAUUGUGUCUGGAGCUCUGUGGAUGUGGAUGUCUGCACUCCCCCCACUGCCUUCCCCUCCGUCAUGCCCCUGCCCCUUCAGCCAACCAGCCAUUACAUCUACAAUCUUUGCCCUCUGACCUCCUACCAGCCGCGACCCCUAUAAAAAAAACCCCUGACCUUCUUAUAUCAUGUUGUAGCACAACUGUGAAUGUGAACCCUAGAUACAGAAAAACAAAUCUCUGUUUAUGUGUGUGUGGGUGUGCGUGUAAUUCAGUGUUAACCUUUACUUAAUAUACUAUGGAAAAAUGAACAAAAAAAUAAUAAAUGUGUAUUUAGAUUCAUUAUGGAUUUCCACAUAUCAGCUGACCUUGAAGGGUGGAUAAAUGUUGGUUUCUUUGCGCAUCUCCCAGACGAGGACUGUGUUGUUAAAUGUGGACUGUGUUCGGUGUGUGUAACUUCACUGGCCAACCCCCACUCACACUCCUCUACCCAUGUUGUCCAAACUAAUACUGAGCUAUGUUUAUGUCAACAAAAAACUUGGUUGUACCUAUAUCUGCUUGGCCAUCCAUCCGCCCACCUGUCUACUUUUUGGGAGAACAAUUGUACCUGAAAACAACUGGCACUGCAAAUCUGGACUUAUCAUUGAACACGUGUAAUUAUGUUCAGUUUCAUUUUUUUUUUUCUUAAGGGAUUGUCAUUAACAUGCAACAAUGUGUGAACUCUGUUCAAAUUGACAUAUGCAUUUGAGAAUAUUUUAAAUGAUAGAUUACACAUAUUUUCUUUAAUCUUUAUUUUGAGAGAAAAAAAUGUAUCAUAUAUUUUUAGUUAUGUCAAAUUAUAUGGUUGAGAAUAUUGCAAGUAGACAAACAAUUCCCCGCCUUUGUAUAUACCUCUCAAUCUGUAAUCAGAGGCAGUAUCAGUGGAAACUUUGGCUGAGUGUUUACUGUUGCGCCCUCAGCUGGUGUGGAGUGGUAUUUGCAUACUGAUUCUCUUGGAUAAUUUCUCGUCUCAGUCUCCUAAAAUAUGACUUAAAGUUAAGGUGGAAAUCAAAGAGACAAGUAAGCAUUUGUGUAUGUGAUUGGGAUGUGGCCUCGGUCCUCUUUGAGUGAGGCAGCAGCGGUCGGUACAUUUGAUCGUGUAUUGCCACUGGAAGUCUUGACGACUCACUGUAAAGCACUCAAGUAUUUGCUGGAUGUUCUGUGUGUUGUUUAUUUCCAAAAGUGACUGUACCUUAAUCCAUUGUGGCAUUAACAAAGUGUUGACAGAAAAACAAAGAUGAUUAUGACACAUAAAAAAAAAUACAAAAAGAAAAUGGAUAAAUAAUGUUUGCUAAGUAUUCAAAUGAAGGCUGUGUUGUUUAUUGGGGGGGUUUGUUAUGGAUGGCAUCGUUCUUUUUCCCCUCACCCCUACCUGCAUGUGAGUCCAAAUGAGAUGCAAUAAAAGAAAAAUACACUGAU